GAGAAGAAGAGCUGAAGCGUUUCCUCUCAGCAGUGAAAAAUAAUAAUCGCGUUUGGAGAGAAUAAAUCGGUUUAUCUUUAAAUCCUGAGCUCUUCAGCUCCUGAAGAUCAAGGUGAUCCACAGGCAGGGAGAGCAGAUGGUGGUAACAGACUGUCUUUCCUGUCGGAAGGAGUUGUCUGCAGGCCAGAUAGUUCCCCGGUCUGAGGCCCUGUCCACACGGCAACGGAUUCAGUGAUUACCAAGGGCUGAUAAGGGGAGAGAGAGCAGAGAGGAGGCAGUUCUCCUGCCCAGAGAGUAUGUUUGUUUGCACCAACCACCAAGCAGCUUUUAUUUGCUAAAAAGUUAAGUGAAACCCGCCUGUCCUGUGCUUCAGUGUUUCACACCAAGGACAUCCGCACAAAGUUAAUAGCAGCAUUUUCAUUGACAUGGGAAAGCCUUUCCUGGACCUAGGGACUGGGGUUGUCAACUGCCAAGCUCCCCCACAUCAGUUCUUGGCAGUUUUCUGUGCUGCCUAUAAAUUCCCAUGAACAGUCGUUAACCUGCACUUCCAUGACUAUUUACAGUGCUGCCUACUUAGGAAAAUCCCACUUUUUGUGCAGAGAAUACACAAAAAUAUGAUGCCCAGAGGAGACUCCAGUAGCUGUCAAAAUACUUUCAGGGCAUCUGAUAUUAUCACCAGUUCUUCACAAAUGAAGGAAGCUCUUCACCCUUACUCAGUUUAUAGGAGGAGAUUUACUUCUCAGAAUAAACUCCAAGUCCACCAGCGCGUUCAUACAGGAGAGAAGCUAUAUCAGUGCUCAGAUUGUGGGAAGAGUUUCAAACGAAGUCCUCCUCUCCAAAUCCACCAGCGCAUUCACACAGGAGAGAAACCAUAUUACUGCUCAGAUUGUGGAAAGAAUUUUAGUGAAUCAGGUUCUCUUCGGAAGCACCAGCACAUUUACAUAGGAGAGGAGCCAUAUCAGUGCUCAGAUUGUGGAAAAAGUUUCAAACAAAAACGUGAUUGCCAAAUCCACCAGCACGUUCACGCAGGAGAAAAGCCAUAUCACUGCUCUGAUUGUGAAAAAAGUUUCAAUCAUAAAAGUGAUCACCAAAGACACCAGCGCAUUCACACCGGAGAGAAGCCAUAUUGCUGCUCAAGUUGUGGAAAGAAUUUCAGUGAAAAAGGUUCUCUCCAUAAACACCAGCGCAUUCACACAGGAGAAAAACCAUAUUACUGUUCACAGUGUGGGAAGAGCUUUGCACGUGCAUAUACUCUCCAAACACACCAGCGCAUUCACACAGGAGAGAGGCCCCAUCAGUGCUCAGAUUGUGGAAAGAGUUUCAAUCAAACAAGUUCUCUCCGAAAACACCAACGCAUUCACACAGGAGAGAAACCGUAUUACUGCGCAGAUUGUGGAAAGAAUUUUAAUGAAUCAGGUGCUCUCCGUAAACACCAACGUAUUCACACAGGCGAGAGGCCAUAUCACUGCUCAGACUGUGGAAAGAAUUUCAGUGAAUUAGGUUCUCUUUAUAAACACCAACGCAUUCACACAGGAGAGAAGCCAUAUUACUGUUUGCAGUGUGGGAAGAGCUUUGCACAUGCGUAUACUCUCCAAACACACCAGCGCAUUCACACAGGAGAGAAGCCCCAUCAGUGCUCAGAUUGUGGAAAGAGUUUCAAUCAAACAAAACAUGUUCAUAUCCACCAGCACGUUCAUAUAGGAGAGAAGUUGCAUCAGUGCUCAGAUUGUGAAAAAAGUUUUAAACAAAAAAGUGAUCUCCGAAGACACCAGCGCGUUCACACAGGAGAAAAGCCAUAUCACUGCUCCGAUUGUGGAAAGAGUUUCAGUCAAAUAACUCAUCUCCAAACACACCAGCGCAUUCACACAGGAGCAAAACCGUAUCACUGCUCCAAUUGUGGAAAAAGUUUCAAUCAAAUAAUUCAUCUCCAAAUACACCAGCGUGUUCACACAGGAGAGAAGCCAUAUUACUGUUCACAGUGUGGGAGAAGCUUUGCACAUGCAUAUACUCUCCAAACACACCAGCGCAUUCACACAGGAGAGAAGCCGUAUCACUGUUUACAGUGUGGAAGGAGCUUUGUUCAUGCAAACGCUUUCCAAACACACCAGCGCCUUCACACAGGAGAGAAACCAUAUCACUGCUCAGAGUGUGGAAAGAAUUUCAGUGAAUCAGGUUCUCUCCGUAAACACCAGCGCGUUCACACAGGAGAGAGGCCAUAUCAUUGCUCAUAUUGUGAAAAAAGUUUCAAACAAAAAAGCGAUCUCCAAAUCCACCAGCGCAUUCACACAGGAGUGAGGCCAUAUGACUGCUCAGAUUGUGAAAAAAGUUUCAAACAAAAAAGUGAUCUCCGAAGACACCAGCGCAUUCAUACAGGAGAAAAGCCAUAUCACUGCUCCGAUUGUGGAAAGAGUUUCAAUCAAAUAUUUCAUCUCCAAACACACCAGCGCGUUCACACAGGAGCAAAACCGUAUCACUGCUCCAAUUGUGGAAAAAGUUUCAAGCAAACAAGUCAUCUCCAAACACACCAGCGCGUUCACACAGGAGAGAAGCCAUAUUACUGUUCACAGUGUGGGAAGAGCUUUGCACAUGUAUAUACUCUCCAAACACACCAGCGCAUUCACACAGGAGAGAAGCCGUAUCAUUGUUUACAGUGUGGAAAGAGCUUUGUUCAUGCAAAUGCUCUCCAAACACACCAGCGUGUUCAUACAGGAGAGAAACCAUAUCACUGCUCAGAUUGUGGAAAGAGUUUCAAUGUCUUAAGUAAUCUCCGAAAACACCAGCGCAUUCAUAGUGGAGUGAGGCUAUAUCACUGCUCAGAUUCUGGAAAGAGUUUCAAUCAAACAAGUUCUCUCCGAAAAGACCAACACAUUCACACAAAAUAGAAGCUGUAUCACUGCUCAUAGUGUGGAAUCUGUUUCUCUGAUUCCAGUAACUUCAACCUACACCAAUGAAUUCACAUGAGAAACCAUUUUUCUGCUGACAGUGAGGGAGUUUUUACCCUCCAGGGUCAUCUCAAAGCACACCAACACAUCCAUACAGGAGAGAAGCCAUAUCCCUGCACACAAUAUGGAAUUCAUUUUCCUUGUUUUCGAAAAUUCCUAAAACAAUCAACAAAUUCACGUGAAGAGCAGCUGUACCAGUGCUGAGGAGUGAAAGGAGAACAUGUUCAUAGUUACUACUGAGGACACUGAGAACCUUUUUUGUUUGAUUGUUUUGUUUCUUGGUGUUUGUGGUGCCCCCCCAUGGAGACACUUGACUUCUGAAUAUUGUUGUGAAUUGUACUAAG